AUGUGGGACAAUGGCUGCAAAUCCCGAGUGUGUGACAACGAGCUGCUGCGCUGUCAGAACGGCGGUGUGUGUGUCAACAACGUCCGCUGUAACUGUCCCGCGGCCUUCACCGGGAUCCUGUGCGAGAAGGCUCGCUGUGAGAACGAGCUGGGGGGCUGCGAGGGGGCCAACUCGGGACAAGCCUCUCUAACCACCGGCCCCAGCUCCAAACACCUGCUUCUAAUCCCCUUGCUGCUGUCCGGCUCGUCACUGUUGAGAGACGUCUGUCGGCCGGUGUAA